CUUGCUUAGAGGGGGAAAAAAGUGUAUAGGUAUACUAGAAAGAAAAAGGAUAUAAUAAAAAAAAUAUUUUCCCAAUGCACUGUAGUUUUGGUUAGAGAAGGGUAGGAGACUGGAGCGAUCCCCUUUGAUUCUCGCGGCUGGCCUUCCGUGUCUGGGCUCUCUACGCCUCUCGCCGAUUCCUUUCUCCAGUUCACUGUUCAUUGUCAGUGGCCUGCUCGCGGUUGCCGGCGAUUGACCUUGUCCCGCGUUACUCUUGAACCAAGUGCACUUCCUCAAUCCUGAUUCGCGACCUCACUUAGUCUUUGCUGCAAGAACUUGAGUCCAUUCAAGUUCAGCUGCGAGCACCUUUUUGCUGCGCCAUUCUAGAGACCCUUUGCCUUUCCUUUGAAGUUUUUCAUUUUUCAAUUAGUAGACAAUUUAUCCCCAAGGAGUACCUCAACUUGGCAUGUUAAGAGAUUUCCCUUGGGCAGCCAGAUCAUUUCCAAUAUCUGUUAUUAUUAGACAGCAGAUUCAAAGAUUUAGAUAUCAGCAGAUUCAAAGAUUUAGAUAUCUGCAGAUUGAGGAACAGUCACAGAUGCAGACACCAGAUGAAGUCCAUGUUCACUAUAAUCACACAGAUUCUUGCAAGUUUUCCAGAUGGACAGCCAGGGAGAGUUUUCAAUUCAUGUAUGCAAGGCCUUGGCAAGAAGUUGCUGAAUUUUAUUCAAAUAUGGUGAAUGGGCACUCGUCUUUGUUAGAGUUGUUUGGAACUCAGAUACAUUUUGUUGAUGAUGACGCAAAAAUUCAAGAGGUCUCUUGUGAGACUCAAUUAGAGGAUUCUUUAAAUAAAGAAAAGUUUGGGAGGUGGGCAAGAGUAACAUUCAAGAUAGUUCUUUCAUAUGAUGGGGGAUCCUUUGAUGGGUGGCAGAAACAACCUGGUUUGAACACUGUCCAGGGCUUAGUAGAAAGGUCACUCGGGAGAUUUAUUGAUGAGAAGAAAUCUCAGCAGCUAAAAGACAAGUGUAAACCCCUUGAAGGCUGUGCUGUGGUAGCUGGGCGCACGGACAAAGGGGUCUCAGCUCUUCGACAAAUUUUUUCAUUUUAUACAUGGAGAAAGGAUGUUAGGCCUUAUGAGAUUGAAGAUGCCAUCAAUAGUUCAGCACCAGGAAAACUUAGGGUUUUAUCUGUUUCUGAGGUUUCGCGUGUAUUCCAUCCUAAUUUUUCUGCCAAAUGGAGGCGCUAUUUGUAUAUCUUUCCACUUAAUGAUGGAGAAGAUAGAGAGGAUCUUGGAAAUUUUACUACUGAUGAAAAAUAUGAUAAUCAAAGAGAUGGGUGGGGUGAAUUUACCUAUAAGGAGAAUGUGGAUAAAUCUAUUAUGGGUGACAAAUACGAACCUGAAGGUGCAAAGAAGCCUGUGACAUUCAGUAUAUGCAAAGUUAACAACCUUUUACAACAGCUAGAAGGAAAGUUAUUGUCCUACAAAAUAUUUGCGCGAGACACCAAAGCUUCAAGAAAUGAAGGUCCACCUACAGAAUGCUUUGUUUAUCGUGCUCGAGCCACAGAGGCCAGAUUACCAUGUUCGGAUCGUGCAGAAGGAAGAAAAGUUAUGUGUGUUGAGCUGGUUGCUAAUCGUUUCCUGCGCAAGAUGGUCCGAGUUCUUGUAGCAACAUCAAUAAGGGAAGCGGCUGCAGGUGCAGAAGAAGAUAUAUUGAUAAGGCUGAUGGAUGCUUCAUGCAGACGUGCGAGUGCCCCCCCAGCACCACCAGAUGGACUUUGUCUUGUUGAUGUAGGAUACACUGAAUUUGAUCCCGAAAACUGCAUUAUCCCAUAAAUUAUGCUUAAUGCUAGACUUGAUACAAACUAGAAGUUUUAUUUUUAAGUUCAUUCUGUAAAAUUGAGGAGUUGUGGUCCCUCUUAGAAAUUUGAUAAUUUUGCACAAUAAAAGAUUUUUUUUAUAUAGAAAUGGAUGUUAUUUGAUGGGUUUUC